AGGAGCUACUCGUGCGCGUUCGCUCGCUGCGACACGAGACCAUCCAGCUGCAGAGGGAGCUGUCCGCCUCCUCCUCGCUGCUGCUCGACCACAACGACAACGAGAGACUAGAGCUGGACCUGAACAACUCGGCGGCGCCGACGCCCGGGCUGGUGGGCGUCUCCCAGUGGGUCGGCAGCGGCGGCGUCGCGACGCUGGAUGACGUCAGCAGGGGCUGCCUCAACGGGCUGCGCGCGGCCGGCGACGGCUGGUCUACGUCCGCGUCGUCGACGCUACCGGAGUACCAGCAGAUGACUACGACAGAGUCACUCUUGGCGAGACUGAAUCUGAUGCCAAAGCCAGUGGGACAUUGCAACAAAGAGGGCAGUAUGCAGGAGCCAAAGGAAGAAGACGAGAAGAAUGAGUCAAAGAACGAAUUAGAAGAAGUGGAGACAGAGAGUAACUCCAGGCUGGGAGCGAGCAGGACAGAACAGCCGUCGCCCGGCCAGCUGGAAGGCGAGGAACGGAGGCCGGCGCUCCCGCACGACAGCCCGAUGUCGACGUCGGAGCCCGGCUGCGACCGGGACCGGCUGACCUCGCUGUACCAUGGCACGUGGCCCGUGGAGCACAGCCUGUGGCACAGUGGGCCCAGCUCUCUGGGUGCCGGCAGUGGCAACCCCAGGGGUCUCCACGCGCAGCUCAACGGCAGCCAGGAGAUAUCCAGCACCGUAAGCUUUACAUCGUCAAAUGGCGCGGGCCCCCCCUCCGGCGCAUGUUCCCUGGAGAGCGAGCGCCGGUCGUACAGCUCCCAGCAGCUGGGCCACAAGGUGGACAUGGUGUACAACCUGCUGUCAAUGCUGCGCCACGAGCGCCAGGACAUGAGUCGCACCCUGCUCGCCAUGUCGAGCUCGCCCGAGAGCUGCGCCGCCAUGCGCCAGUCUGGCUGCCUGCCUCUGCUGGUGCAGCUGCUGCACUCGCCGGGGCAGAGCGCGGAGGUGCGGGCGCGAGCCGCGCGUGCGCUGCGUAACGUGGUGCAGGCGACGCCGGAGCCCGACAGGCGCGGCCGGCGCGAGGCACGCGUGCUGCGCCUGCUGGAGCAGCUGCGCGAGUACUGCGAGACCCUGAGGGCCACGCUGCAGGGGCAGCCCUCCCCACAGGACGAUGAAACAGACCACCACCCUGGUCCAGCAAUUGCAGCACUCAUGAAGCUAUCGUUUGAUGAAGAGCAUCGCCACGCCAUGUGCCACCUAGGUGGACUGCUUGCUGUUGCAGAACUCAUCCAGAUGGACCACGAGGCCCACGGUGGAGCGACAUCCGACCAGGCGUGCGUGACACUCAGGCGGUUUGCCGGAAUGGCGCUGACAAACCUGACGUUUGGCGACGGCGCCAACAAGGCCCUCCUGUGCUCGCUGCGGCCCUUCAUGAGGGCACUCGUCGCACAGCUGGCGUCUCCCAGCGAAGACCUCCGACAGGUGACGGCAAGUGUGCUGCGCAAUUUGUCGUGGCGUGCGGACGGAGCCAGCAAGCAGGCACUGCGUGAGGUGGGGGCAGUCCCUGCACUCGUCCGGGCUGCUAUGGCUGGCACGAAGGAGGCGACACUCAAGUCUAUACUGUCUGCCCUCUGGAACCUGUCGGCACACUGCAGCAUGAACAAGGUUGACAUAUGUGAAGUUGAGGGUGCGCUUGGAUUUUUGGUGGAUAUGCUGAGCUAUGAAGCCCCAUCAAAGACACUGGCCAUUGUCGAGAAUGCUGGCGGCAUACUACGUAACAUCUCGAGCCACAUUGCUGUGAGGGAAGACUACAGGCAAAUCUUGCGAGAGCACAACUGCCUGCAGACACUGCUGCAGCAGCUGAAGUCGCCAUCGUUGACAGUGGUGAGCAACGCGUGCGGUGCCCUGUGGAACCUUUCGGCACACUCCGCACGCGACCAGCGCGCACUCUGGGAGCUGGGCGCCGUCGCGAUGCUGCGCUCGCUCGUACACUCCAAGCACAAGAUGAUCUCCAUGGGUUCUUCUGCUGCCCUCAAGAAUCUGCUGGCCGCGCGCCCCCACCACGAGGCGCUCUUUCCCAUGGAUGCCACAGCCAAAGGCAUGGGCCUCCCGCAACUGCCCAGCCUGUACAUCCGCAAGCAGAGGGCACUGGAGCAGGAACUGGACCAGACGCUGGCCGAGACGUGCGAUAACAUCGAACCCAGCACGUCGCCCCCGCCCACCGGCGCGCGCUCGUUCCACUCAGACAGCGGGGCGGACCGCCUGACGAGGAGCGGCCACCGAGCCAGCAGCUUCUACCACCAGCAGCACUCUGUCAGCAGAUCCGAGAGUAAGGAUUCUGUGACGAGCACUCAUUCGGACUCGGUGUUCGAACGCGCCAUGCUGGGGUCGAGGGUCCCUCCGUCGACAGCUCGGCUGCUGCGCCACCGUGGACUGUGCCCGGGCACCGUGCCCGAGGAGGACAGGGGGUCCACCGGCAGCAGGGAGAGGCGCUCGCACUCGCUGCCACAUGCCGCCAGGCUGAGCUCCGAGGAAUCGAGAGGGGUCCGGCCGCUGAGCGCUGCAGGGGAGAUUCAGACUGAACCUAGGCGCAGCGAUUCUGCAUCACCGGAGAUUCGUAGUGGCUAUUCCUCUCUACGUGCGGCAACGUCUUCGGUCUCGAGCGAAUGGUUCGACCGGUCAUCUACAAGUAAUACUGUCGCCACCGUAUCGACGACGACGGUCCGCUGCGAGUACGUUGCAGACGUCAGUACUACAGCGAGAAAUGGAUUGCCCACUCCAGAACUCUCGAAUGACACAGAGCCGUACCCCCAAGUCACGGCCAGAGCACCUGUCACGACAGCAGACCUUCCUCUUACAAGUGCGCGAGUUAAAGCAGGAGCAAUGUACAAGAAGAAACUGAGCAGCGUGUAUGGGGAUUACGCAGAGACGGAUUUGGACCAGCCGACCGACUACAGCCUGCAGUACCAGGAGGAGGAAGACGAGGAGAGUGCAGAAGCUGCUCACAGGCAGCUCCACGGGAGUGACCAAGACCGUGUAAAUUACUACAGUGACGCUGCUCACGAAGACACCUUGAAGACGUACUGCACAGAAGGGACACCUUACGAGACACCGUACAAUUUCUCCACUGCGACCUCCAUGUCGGAUCUGAGAUGUGAACCACCUACCCCACAGUCAGAAAAGGUGAAGGAGGAAGAAGUCGAAGCACCACACGCGGCAUCCGAUGAUGCCAAUCCAGCCGAGGAGGAAGUGGCUGUUGAGAGACAGCUGAAGCCCACAGUGGAAGUGCAGGCAGAGGCUACACCUGCCGGCUUUGUGUCCCCCGAGAAGCCCGUCGCAUACUGCGAGGAGGGCACACCCUGUUUCUCCCGCGUGAGCUCGCUCAGCUCCCUGGCCAGCCACCCCGCGGCACCGGACGACCACAGGCACCUGGUGGGCACCGCGGCGUCUGCCCAGGCCGCAGUGCCGACCGGACGAGCUCUACACCCGCAGGAAACGGUUGUGGAGGAGGCCAAGGAGCAGAGGGAUGGUGCAUGUGCUAACAAAGUCGUCACCUUUGCUGGAGCAGAGGAGACACCACUGAUGUUUUCUCGAUGCAGUUCUCUCGGGUCACUGAGCAGCUUCGAGCAGCAUUCGAUACACGAUGACCGCAGCUCUGUCAUAAGUGAUUUCAGCCGCAGGACGAGCGGUGCCGUAUCUCCCAGCGAGCUGCCCGACUCGCCGACACAGACGGUUCCUCCGAGCCCCGGCCCCCACCACUCCGGGCCGGCUUCCGUCACCGGAGCGCCUGCCCGGUCCGGCCACAGGGCCGGAGACUUCGUGGGCCGCCUUCCCGAGAGGACGCACCUACUGCCGGCUGCCAGGCACCACGGUGGCAGAUCGAACGCUCCCAAGGCAAGUGUAUUUGAGGAUGAUGUAGCAGCAUUUAAGGAGGAGGACACGCCUGUCGAGUUUUCGAGAGCAACGAGUCUCUCGUCACUGACCAUUGAUGAUGAGCCAAAGAUCUCAAAUGAUACUCUUUUGAAGGAAGUUCGUACGACACCCAGGCAGUCCCCGUCGCUGCAGGUGACGUCCGAAGAGGACGGCACGGAGAAGCAGGACCGCGAGAAGGGCACGGAGUGCGGCGAGCUGCCGCCUGUCAGCGAGGGCGAGGAGGAGGCGGACGAGGACAUGCUCAACGCCUGCAUCAGCGUGGGGAUGCCCGGCACGGGCAGGCAGCGGCACUACGACAGGCUGGGCCACCGUUCGGCCGGCCACGCGAACCGGAGCCCGGGCCGGCCCAGCGGCAUUCCGCUCAAGGUGGGAGCCGGCCCUCGCAGGCAUGCCAAAGUGGUGGCUGCGCCCCAGCCGCAGAACAACUACGUAGAGCAGAUGAACGCCGGAGGUCCGUGUGAGGACACAGUGCGCACCUACUGCACCGAGGGCACUCCGGCAGCUGGUCUGUCUCAUGCCGGCUCACGUUCCGACCUCUCUGUGUUGUCGUUACCGGGGACUGGCACGGGAACCGGGGACCUCUCGGACGACAACUUGUCAGCUGGCGGUGAUGAUAACAUGCUGGCAGAAUGCAUCCAGUCCGGCAUGCCUAAGGCUAAGACGCCCAGCACCACUACGGUGCUGCACCGACCCGUGGCUGCUGCGGACACCGCCUCAGCUGCCCGGGUGAUGCCGAGGCGCGCGUCCUCGCUGUCCUCCAGGCUGCGAGUGCCACCGCCAGGGCAGGCUGCCCAGGACGAACUGGAGACGUUUGCCACCGAGGACAGCCCGCACAACUUCUCGGUGCGCUCUUCUCUCAGCGACCUCACCACGGGCUCGGGAGAACCUGCAGUACUAUUGAAGAGACCUUCACAAGGACAUCCCGUGUUUGAGAAUGGCUGCAGCAGUAGUAGCCUACCGGUGCCCGCGUUCCCGGAGGGUGCUGUGCCCCCAGCUAGGGGCACUUCUCCCAGUUCUUUGGACGCCACCACAGUGGAGGACAACAGCUGCCAGGCUUCAGAGGAGCUUGGUGUGAGCUGCGCAUCAGCGUCCGAAGAAGUGCAGACUGUUCUCAGUCGCGGGGGAUCCCUGAGUUCACUGAGUGUCGACUCCCUCGGCUCGACGGAGCCGACGCCCUCGGAGCAGGCCCUGCUGGAACAGUGCAUCAAUUCUGGAAUGCCGAAGAGCCGCGGAUCGUCCUCUCGGGCUGCUGCCUGUAGAAUUCCCCUGCCGGUGGACCGAAACAUGCAAGCACAGAAGGCAGAGGUGCUCAGCCGAACGCGUAACCACGAGCACGGCAUCGCACAGCUCGAGUCGAGAAUGGCGGUCCUGUCUCUGAGGACGGCCGACGACGACGGAAGCCGACCGCCAAAAAACGAGAGGCUGCCGCCUCCUCCUCCUGCUGCUGCCCAGACUGCGGCGGACGGCGGAGGCGGCGCAAGCACCACCACCACCGUCACCACCACGGACACGGCCACCACCAGCACCAAGCCGACGGAGCAGCUCCUUCCUCGAGCACAUCUGCCGACUGGACCGCUCUCGGGAGGGGCACUGGACAGCAGCCCGAGUGUUCCUGCCGGAGGCCUCCCCGCGGCCGUCGGUAGAGUCUGCGGUGCGAGCGGUCGUCUGGCAGACUACGAGUCUUGCCGGACGGAAACUGACAGUAAAAGUGGCUCGACGGCAAGUGACGAAAUGGAUAACAGGCUUCGCGAUACGGAUACGAGGGAGACUUUGUCCACAGGUGACAGUGGCAGUUCUGUCAAUAAGACUGACGUAGAGAUUCGACGGUGUAGAGUACCGUAUACCGGUGACGCGGACGGGGAACGACUGCCGAGCGAGGAGAGACUCGGUGGGGACGUCUUUGUGGCGGAUGGCGUCACACCGGCAGACGCUUCCACUUCGGAUCUUGCACCGGUGUGUGUUGACAACAGGCUGUUAGAUGCGACAGUACGAGAGACGAGGACGGUACGUAACGUUCUGCCGUGCCACUCACCAGAAAUUUUUGUGGAAACUGAUAAGAAUGAACCACUUUAUGACAAUGACAUCCGAGAUAUCAAAGAUGUUAUGGCAGAGUGUGAAGUUUUCAGUAAUGAAACUGAAGCCUAUUUAGUUGAAUCUCGUAUCUCUGCAGAUUGUUCAGAGGAUGUUAAGGAUUCUGCUGAUGGUAGAGUGACUGCUGGUGAGCCCUCGUUAUUGGAGAGCGAGCUGAAGUUCAGUUUAGAACUGCCUCACUCGACGCCGAGUCCCGAUAAGCUAAAAUGUACGGAUCGGGAGUAUUUGUUAGGGGACCAGUUAGAUAUCUCUCCCAAUGACAAUGUUAUGUCACUGAAUGUUGAUGUACACAGUAACAAAACAUACGAGUUUCAGUGUGACAAAGGCCAUGUCCCAGAAAGAGCACGUGAUGUGCUAAAACAACAGUUUGUGUCUGAUGGUGACGAACUCAGUUCUGCAGAGGAGGAACACCGAGGAGUAGAUGCACAAGUGACAGCCGUCUGUGAUAGUGCUGAAAAUAUCCUCAAUCUUGAUUUGAAAGAGGAAGAUGACAGUCCUGCGGUUGGGUUUUCUGAUAGGGCUUAUGUCAGUGAACCGGAUGUCGUCAAUCUCGGAGACCUCGAUAAUGCUCGGUCAGUUCUCGACGAACUGGAUAAAGACAGCAUUCCUCGUAAUGUCAUAGAAGGUGAAUCUGCAGAACACCUGCAGGUAGCAGAAGAGGCGUGUACUGACAUUAGUGACGUUAUGAUUGGCCUGCUGGACAAUUUGGAACGUGCAGAGGGUGCUGUCGGUACCCUAGGAGUCGCCGAUCUCUCUUGUACUUCGGAGGCGAAGUUGGCAUAUAAAACUGAUCUUCCUGAUGAGGCCACAAUCCAGUCAGAGAAGUUUGCAAGUGUGCCUGAUGUGAGACAAGAGGUUAAGAGUUCAUUAUCGAGGUCUGAAGCUGUUGCCGCUGUAAGCGAAGCAGCUGUGACACCUUACGAGAUUGUGGGUCCUCGUAGUGAAUCUAACACCGACUCACUUUCAGACGUCAAUCGGCAUGACGGUGACAUUCCCGCGGCAGUCGGCGAAGAGGUACCAUGCUCGGUACGAGCUAUCGCCAUAGCUACUCCGGCUGACGCUUCGCCGAGGAGAGGGAGACGAGACUGUAAACCGUCGAUCCAGAGGCUACUGAGUGACAUUCAGGAGCACACCCUCGUCUCGCCUACCGAAGGCUCCGGUUUACAACUCGGUCUCGAAUCCACAGAAACUGAUUUAGAGAUGCCGGCGAACGUAGUGCCCGACGACCGUACGUAUUCUCUGGACUCUCUCAGCCCCGACUCCAAUCUCAACAGGCCCAACAUAGCGACACCCGGCUCGUAUUCGUCAGAGUCGAAACAGAAGGAGUCUCCCUCGGGUGACAGGCUGCCGGAGUGGCCGACGGAGGAGAAUGCUGCAGCCAAGGUGGAAGGUGCCGAGUUAGCGGAAGGCGCUUUUGGCUCGGUGCGGCCCAGGCUGCCGACUGGUGACCACACGAUAUCUGAUGUCGAUUCUGUGCAGACGCCUUCACCACUUGAUGCCGGUGGACCUUUGGGGAGGACCGGAGUUCUAGACUCGGCUAUCGUAAUGCGACAGAGCUACGGUGCUGGAGACACGUGGAACGAAGAGGUGUCACCCAAUGACGUGUCCUUCCCCAGCCUGACAGUGCCAGAAGGAAGCGAAUCGACUGAGCUCGACGCCGUACGUCCUCCGUCGCUGAUGACCAGCCUCAUCUCCAUGACGACGAGCUCCGAGACCGGCGCCGCGUUGGCUGCCGAAGCAGAGGCUGUGGCAGCUGCCAUAAAUGUCACCACACAGCAGUCGGGUGGCUCAGUGCGGCAGAACCGUAAGAGGUCUCUGCCCAGCCUCAUGGUGCGGAGGGCUCUCGGCAGCCUGGAGAACUUGUCCGGGGACAACGGCUGUGUGAGUGCUUCCAGCAGCUGCACUUCGCAGCUGGACCACGUGCGGCCCCCAGCCGACAUGGAGAGCAGCAUGCUGAGCGUCGCCAGCAUCACCUCCGAGGUUGCCGAGGUGGAGGAAGAUCUACCAGACGGGGGAGCCAGCUGCAGCACUGGCGGGGAAGACCUUACGGAGUCGGGCAGCGGAGGGGGCGGAGUAGGAGGAGGAGGUGGUGGGGGGACGGCCUCUCCCGUCACUUACGGUACAACUGCCAAGCCGGCUUCACAAUCUCGGAUAGCGACGAGACAGACGCCACGGCAGAGGAGGCAAGCCGCGCGCGACCGCUACCGCACUUACACUGUCAACACGGCGGCAGCAGCCGCUGCAGAACUCCAUGCGACGGUGGCCAGUGAGACGGUGGAGGAAGCAGUGGAAGCCACCACACCGUUAGCGGAAGAGCCUCCUCCGUCAGAAAUUUCACCACCACCAGAGAACGAAACUGGCAUUCGGACGGGUACGUACCGCAUCACACCGAAGCAGAGGAGGCAGGAGGACCGACAGCGGUUCCAGACGCAGGUGCUGGACAAACCGGCUGUCGCCAUCGCGUCCCCCACCACCCAGGGCCGAGAUAUCGCGAUGAGCCCACCCACGGCAGAGUCUACCCCUAUGGUGGCAGCCGCCGCCACCAGGAAACAACGCAGGUCUGCCGAGAGCCGAGACAGGUUCAGGACACGCACUCUGGAUGGGGACAGAGACCUGAAAGCAGCUGAAGAUGCUGAAAACCACUCGCCUCCGUCAGCGGCGGACGAGCUGCUCCUCAACAGCCUGCUGGAGAGGGAGGCGCACAUCCUGGCCGAGGAGGUGGAGACGCUGCGCACAGGCGACAGCCUGCUGCUCGAGUGCGAGACGCUCAGCCUGGUCAGCAUCGACAGCGAGAACACGAGCGAGUCGGGCCACGGCGUCGAGGGCUCCAACGGGGACGAAGACGCCGAAGUGGAAGUCGAAGUCGAAGUGGAAGCGGGCCCUCCACACGCGGAGCUCCUCCACCCCGUGCUCGACGACGAGGGGGAGGAGGGUGACGUGGAAGAGAAGACGCUGAGGGCGGGCGGCUGCGACACGCCGGAUCCCGACGAAGUGCUCGGGCUCGGCGACGCGGAGGAGGCGGCCGGGCCGCGGCGGCAGCGGACCGCGUCGGAAUGCGUGGCGUACGGAGAGGCCCUGCCGGCAGAAGUGAACCUCGUAGGUGACAGUCUGGUGGCGGCGAAGGAGGAAGAGCGAGAGGAAGGGCUGUCUGAAAAUUCUGAAGACCAGAGUUCAUCAACAGAUGAUGAAGAGUGUGCCCAGAAGAAACCGAGGAUUGUGAAACCCGUCACGAGGAGUCGUGACGGGAGUGCAGACGGCAGCCCGAAGCCGAUAAGAGGACGGCGUAAACCUCUGCGUGCCGGUCGGAGUGGCAUACCUGUGACGGCUGUGGCUCCUAUCAAGGUCCCUGUUGUACAGACAGCGAAAGUGCCGCAGCAGAAGCUGCAGCAGCCGAAACAACAACAACAACAACAACAACAACAACAGCAGCAACAACAGCAGUCGCAGAUACCAGUCCAGCAGCUGCCUGUGGCACCGGCACCGCUGGAGUCUGAGCAGCAGCAACCUGACCCACGUUUUCGACCACCAGAGCGUCAGGGAACAUUCACGAAGGACGAACCCACGGCGGUUACUGCAGCGAAGCCGACAGUGGCGACGGCAGCUCCGCCCGAACAGAACCGAAAGAAGAGGCGGCCGGCGACUGCCGGCAGGCCGACGACGUCUGCGUCUGCGGUCACAGUCGGUGCACAGGCCGCAUCUGCACCCACUUCCACCAAGAGGGGCACGGCGCGGCGCGAAGCUACCAGCAAGAUCGCUGGGCUCUGGAAAAAGGCUGAAGAAUCAAAAACAAAGCAGAAACAACAGCAACAACUGCAAAAGAGGGAAGCAAGGGGAGGAGGCAGUGCCGCUUCUCACGCGGCACAGUCUGCAACAGCGCAGAAGGCGAGCUCGACUACCGGACGAGGACGGACUGCAACGAGAGCACUGACGUCCCGAAUCCCGACAGCUGACUCGGCAGCGCCGCCGACACGUACAGAGAAGGUGGCUCGUAAAGAACUGACGUCAGCCGCCACCCGCACGGAGAGGGGAGGUCAGACCACAGGGAGAGGCACUACAGGGAUUGCCAGCUCACUGGCCAAGCCCCGGAGAGUGCGCGAGGAUCCCGCCACGACCGUGCCCGCACAGGCACCACACGCGGCCACCGGCCCCGGCCGACCCUUCGCUCGCCCCGCUAACCCGCGCCCGGCGUCUGCCAUCGUCCAGCCGUUCAAUUACAGCCCACCGACGUCGCAGAUCCAGCAGCCGCCGCCAGUGAGGUCGCAGAUACCGACGUUGGUCAAGAGGGAAGAGCCACCUCUCCAACUAAACACUGCGUCGAUUCGCAUCACAACCGUGUAGAAGCUCGGCGCACCAUUUGCGGGACGGUAGAGAUUUGCGCCCUGAAGUGGUGAUACGGCAGUGGAAGUACCGUGCCUGUUCAUUUUUCUCUGCUUCAGCUACUAGGCAGAGGCAAGUGCCUCGCCUAGUUGACGAACGAGUGUUCGGCUGAUAAAACUUGAGACACUGAUUUCUGUUAUACCUGAGAACACACAGUCUCGUUAACUCAGUCAAACGAUCCAAUUACGGAAUGAUUAUCAGUAUGUAGAAGUUUCCCAUAAACUGCUACAUUGCUUGCAGUGUAAAGAAACUCUUCCACAAAAUAAUAGCCUUAAAAUACUGUGGUGCCAAUUGUAACACAUUUAUGUAAGAUAUAUAUACUGCAAUGCAGAGGCUUUAAAAAUGGAGUUACUCAUUAAAUAUUUGUGGUUCAAUAUUACAGCAAUUCCUAUGCCUUUGUGUGAUGGUGAUUUUCUUUUGCCUCGUCUUGAAAUUACGUGUAACAAAGUUCAUCUUCCAUAAAAAUAUUUAUUCUGUCAUGUGGAUGUUGCUGAAUAAUGUGGUGCAAAGCCGUGGCCACACACAACCUCAGUUUCUGAUAAUAAGACUGGUAGUCUCCAAAGUCAAGUGGUGCUUGUAGUUUGUGAAAUGUAGUACUCUGUAAUGAAACUGGAUGUCCAAGCAUCUUCUGCAUUUACUGCUGCUGCCAUUUUAUUUAUUUCACCAUUUGAGGAGGUACCGUCUGGGUCAAAUAUUAGUUGGUGAUCCAGGGAGUUUUAGGUACAGAUCGGGAGGUACGUGUAUGAAUAAAGUUCUGCUGGCUUCGUAUUAGUGAUAAUGAAGCCACUGUCUUAAAUUUUUUCCCCCUCCAAGACUUGGAGUGAGCUCAGUAGUUUGAGAACUGCUAAUUCCAGUUCCUUCAGCAUGAAGCUAACUGUUGUAUGUGCCUUGAAUCUCUUCGGUGUGGAGAGAUAUCCUUGCUUGUGUACACUCACUGGCGUGUAUUUCUCAUCUGCCAGAGCUAAGUGUUUUGCUUCAGCUCUGUCCAGAGUCAUGAGUGGUAAUCUAUAACUACAUAAAAAGAAAUUUGCUACUGUUGUCACCUUUUAUUGAUGUGUUUUAACCUCAUCUUGUCUUUCACUUUGUUUUUUAUUUCUGCCAGCAGAAAGAUUGAAACAAAGCAGGACGAUGCCUUAUGUUAAUAUACAUUAUAGUUACAUUUCACCUCUACAACAGUUUGUAGAAUGGCCUCGCAAAGAUAUCAGACUUCUUAUAGAACCUUGUGUAAAAUUAGCCGAUGUAAUUUUUUUUACUAUGUAGGAAGUAAACAGAGCAUUUGUGGAGUCUCUAACAAUUGUGAUAGUACCUGUGAGUUUUGUGCAUCAGUUGUUUAGUAUACACUGAGAUAUUUCUUUUUAUAUAAUUGUAAAAUCAAAAUGUAAUACUCAUUUAAAGAUUUUAAUUACUGUAGAAUCCAGCAACCUCCACAAAAUUCUUAUCUUCCUCCUGCAUCGCUUGACUGAUAUGUACCUGUACCUUUGUGUAGGCGUAGAUAAUUUUUGAAACUUUCAUUCCGAGUUCACUAUAAUUAUGCGCACAUGGAAAUACUCGUACACAUUAUUGUGGCCAGGGUGUUAGAACUGUGAAACUUGAAAAUGAUUUUUUUUUUGCGAGUGUUGGUGGUGAAUUGUGAAAUGUGCUGUGGUAUUUGUCAGUUGUUAAGACUUGUGACAGGCAAAUGUGGAAGUCUCAACUGCACGUAGAUACUUAUCGUAUAUUGCCUGAUGCUGCACUUUUUAUGUACAAGCUGCUUCUGAAAGUGGGUGUUUCUCUUUGGUGAGAAAUGCUUUUUCGGGUGCUUUGGUGUACAGCAAGAAAGGCUGUUAAAUUGUGUGCAGAGACCAUGUUCUUGGUGGCUUUGUGCUUUUGUGAUAUUAGGAGAUGGAGUGGUUUUCAGUGAAAAUGAUUUUUUUUUUUCGCCCCACUGAUAUCUGUCUGUCGGCUUUGUGCAAUUCUCUUCACCAUUUGCAAACUGCACUGUGUAAAGAUAAAGGCAUUUAUAAAGGUCUAAAACAACUGAUGUCUAAUUUAUUGUUGCAAUGUAAGUUGUGUUAAAAACUGUAGUUGUGUCUAAAGCUUGUGUAUCUUCCUUUUUCUUCAGUCUAUCCCAGUGUAAAGUGAUUUUAUGUUAAUUCAGUAUAAAAGUAUUUUAGACAAA